UAUGAAAUGAGCGGAGCGACUGGUCCGGAAGUUUUCAAAGCGAUACUAUCACCGUGGUUGAAGACCACUGGAAAGGGUUUGCAUGGCCAUUUAACUUCGUGGUUGUUUGGCUUUUGGUUCAAAACAGCAAUGGGAUAACAUGGUGGUCUUUGCAGGGCAUUAAAUCUCGAGAUUCCCUUCGACAGGAGGACUCAUUUAUUCGGCAAUGGAGUCCGCUGUGAAAGAUUCUCCACCGUAGGGAUGGGCGAUACCACCGAUUAUCGCUUCGAUCCGAUACCGAGGAAGGCCAAACGCAGGCACCUCAGCGCAUCAGAGUGUUACGGUUUGAGCCGAGGCAAAGCUGGCAGCCAGUCUAUCACAGAGCCUUUCUCUGUCAACUUGCACAUCAAUGACCCGAAUCAUGGGCUUCAACCAAGGACCCCCACUAAAAGAAGAAGAAGAGCGACAGAAGGUGGCAGACACCAGAGAGGCAUUACCGAAUUCUUCGCUUCCACUGGAGUCCUCAGCAGCAGUCCCCAAAAAGGAAAAAAUGAGCCUACAGUCAAGACAGAAGAUGAACAGAAUGGACAUGUCAUACCAAAAGAGGAGGAUGAGGAACAAGAAGUGACAGAAGACUACAUGGAAGGCAUUACUGAAGACAUGUUUGAGGACGAUGAGGAGUUUGAGAUGAGUGGAAGUUCAAUAAAGAAAGAGGAGGACGAGGAGGGGAGGGUAGCGGGAUGUAGCAGCUGGGGAACUCUUUCAGGAUCUACCUUUAGUACAGGACACUCUUAUGUUACUGUGAAGAAGGAGGAAGAAGAGUAUGAAGACUACCCUGUGGAGAGCCUUCCUGAUGUUCACUACGGGCUGCUGGGGGUGAAUGGGGGUCUGGAUGUGCCCCAGGGUCAAUUUCAGGACCUACCAGAAGAGAUACUCAGUGUUAUUUUUGCUCACCUCCCAGCAGAUGACCUCUACCGCCAUGUCAGUCUGGUUUGCCAUCGCUGGAGAGAUAUCGUCACAGAUCCUCAGUUUAUGCCAUGGAAGAAGUUAUACUACAGAUAUGAGAAGUGGGAGGAGGAGGCAGUGAAGGAAGUCAAGGCCCUGCUUAAUGACAACAGCAUCAUUAAAACUGAUGAUCUGUGUGUGCUGAACAUGGUGAGGUACAUGUCCCGGUUCAAACACAGUAGACGGGUGAACGUGAAGGACGUUUCUUUGAGCGUAAAAGGCCAUCGGCUGUAUGCCCAGGCAGAGGCCUGUAUGAAGCAUAGGCUGCCAGACAUGGAGAUCAUCGAUGGGGAGCCAAACCCAUGGUCUCUCCUGGCCCUGAUGCUGAUCCUGGCAGAUGGGGUGAAGGAUGUCCUAGACCUUGUGGCUCGCUUACGUACUUCUGGAUGUCUCCUGACCCCAGGUGGGGUCUCUGAGUACCUGUGGGCAGUGGCCACCCUGCUGCUUGCAAUGAGGAAUACUAACAUAACCAUCAGUAACAGGUGGCAUUACAAUAUUUUCUAUGUGCUGCACCUGAUUGAGAAUGCGCCGCCGCCUCUGAGUCCUGGAGAUGGCAGCCAGAAGCAGUUUCAAGUCACUCACGAACAGCAGCAGAUCCUCAAUCAUGACAUCCAGAGAGACCACGUUGUCAAAAUCAUGGCUUUUGCUGGCACUGGAAAGACAACCACGCUGGUGAAGUACGCCCAGCGAAGGCCAGACCUGCGCUUUCUCUACGUUUCCUUCAACAAAUCAGUGGCGACGCAGGCCGACAGCAGUUUCCCUUGCAAUGUGGAAUGCAGGACAAUUCACUCUAUGGCCUAUAAAGCUGUUGGACACAGGUACAGGAAUCUGGGCAAGCUGUGCAAUAACGUGCAGCCGUUCACGGUGGCCUGGAAGCUGCCCGAGGGCCGCGGUGGCUUCGUCAAUGCCAAGGUGGUGACGCAAACUAUCAACAAUUUCUGCGCCUCCACAGAUACAUACAUCGGCACCCAGCACGUCCCGAAAGUGUACAGGAAUACUAACGGCCGUGACGAGUGCCCUGAUGAAGCCAAAAAAAUGUUGUUUGCUGGUGAUGCACAAGACAUCUGGGACAAAAUGAUAGAGCUUGAGCCCACCAGAGAAACGGCGUACCACAUGACCCAUGAUGGUUAUCUGAAACUGUGGCAGAUGCAGAGGCCUGUGCUGAAAGGCUAUGAUGUCAUCUUCAUUGACGAGGCUCAGGACUGCACUCCAGUGAUCAUGGACAUAAUGCUCUCUCAGCGCUGCGGAAAGAUCCUGGUUGGCGAUCCCCAUCAGCAGAUUUACACUUUCAGAGGAGCUGUCAAUGCUUUGUAUGCUGUUCCACACACACACCUCUACUACCUAACACAGAGUUUCAGGUUUGGCUCUGAGAUUGCUUACAUCGGAGCCACAAUACUGGAUGUUUGCAAAAAAGUGAAGAAGAUUUUGGUUGGUGGACACCAGGAUGGCAGUGUGAGAGGAGAGGACAGGGAGACACUGGAGUCUAUAAAACAGGCUACGACGCAGGUUAGAGGGAAGGUGGCCAUUUUGUGUCGCUGUAAUGUGACCGUGUUCAGUGAAGCAGUGCGUCUAACUGACGCCAACUCCAACUGCAAGAUCCACAUCGUCGGGGGUGUUGAAAAUUUUGGCCUGAAGAAAAUCCUGGAUAUCUGGAUUCUAAUGCAACCGGAAGUCAAACGUAUGAGGGAUAACCUAAGAAUAAAGGACUCAUUCAUCCGUUCAUUCUGUAAGGAGAAGCUCGGGGGUUAUGCAGGCCUGAAGAAGUACGCCACACACACAGAAGACCGUGAGCUGGAGGCCAAGCUCUCUGUGGUGGAGAAAUACAACGCACGCAUACCUGAGCUAGUGGAACGCAUCUACAACUGCGCCCAAAGGAGCCCAGACACUGCAGAUUACAUCCUGGGCACGGUGCAUAAAUCCAAGGGCCUGGAGUUUGACACGGUGGUUGUGACGGACGACUUCAUGAAAGUGCCCUGUUCCCGACACAACCUACAAAGAAUGAACAUAAGCCCAGGAAUAAGGAACGUUGAUGGUGAUGAGUGGAACCUGCUGUAUGUGGCUGUGACUCGAGCCAGGAGAUCACUAUACAUCACCAAGAGUAUCUGCAAUAUCCUCACUCUUGCAGGAGAGUACUUCCUGAGGUCUGAGCUGAGCAGUACUCUUUUGAAUAAGGAUGAGUCUGUCAGAUGCAGUACCAGAGAAUGCCCCAACCUCAUCACCAAGGAGUCGCCCCUCAGCAUGUGCAAAGUCCCUGUCAGACAUAUGGACAGUGUGGAGGAGGGUGGUGUUCUCUGUGCUACUUGUGUAGAACAGCGUGUAGGUCCUGUAGCUUUUCUGCUCUCCCCACCUGAGAAGGUCAGAGCUAUGCAUUACACAGAGGAACGUCUUGAACUGCCCAUCAACAUUUCCAUGCUGCUGGCUCUGCUCUAACAGCAUGUGUGAGACUUUAUAUUGGAUUUUUUUUUUUUCGUUUGUUGAUUUAUGUUAAAACAGUGUGUUUCAUAUAUUUAACUGUACUAAUGUGAGGUUGAGUUGAUCCUUAUUUUUAGGUCUGCUUUCACAGAUUAGAGGUUUUGGGCCUGGAGGUGCUGAUUAGUUCUGAGGGAACUGAGAUUAUCUGAAGUAUCAGCAGUUUGUUUCCAGUGACGAUCCAUGACAUCACAUUACAUCAUAGAAACUGUACAAGCUGCCCUCACAGUGAGCAGUGAUGGCACUGUUUUAGUUGUGUUGGUUUCAUAACAGCAGGUUUAGCCAAUGUUUGUUUCUGUAGUCCAGUCUUGCAGCAUCAGAAGACACAUUACCUCAGAGCCUCCAGUGUUACUUUGCUGUACUUUUGAAAUAUCAAAAUAACAGGGCUACCCUUGUAAGGUGUUGAUGAAUAGUUUAAUUUGGGGUAUUAAUGGUUUUAUUUAUGCCAUAAAUGUCUUAAAAACCACUAGUAAGCAAUUACAACACAUAAAAGUGGCAGCAGUGACACAUUGUUCAUCUGUGCUAUUAAACAGCUUCAUCAUGCAUUCACAUUCAUCACAUUCAUAUAUACACACACACAUACAUAAUACUUACAUAUACACACACAUACAUACAUAAUACAUACGUGUGUGUAUAUAUAUAUAAACUGCUUUCUUUUGGCCUUUUUAAUAAUGCAUUGCAACUGUUUAUUGGUGAUUAUUUAGGUGUUUAUGGCCUAAUUAAUAACAUUUUAACAAACUAUUAUUAAACCGAUCAUUAAUCAUUUAUAAAAAUAGUCUGUGCCUGACAUGAAAACAAACUUGAUAUAUACUGAGGUUGGGGGAUUAUUAGCACUGACUGUUGCCACUAUAGAUAAAACUUAUCUACUUAAAAAUUAUGAUGAGGACUAUUAUUAUUAUUAUUAUUAUUAUUAUUAUUAUUAUUGUCAUUUUUGUGUUUAUUUGCAAUGUCUUUGUUCUUGAAGUUUGGUUGUGUAGCAUUGCUGAUGUUGCCUGGGGCCAGACGGUAGCCAGAAGCGUCCCUUACCUCCUACCUUACAGUCUGGCUUUUGCUAAUGUUCAGUUUUCCCAGACAGGUUUCUGGAACUGUGUGAUGCUUAUGCCAAAUCUUGUUGCAGUAGGUUGUACCUUAAUACCUGUUAUUGCCAGCUGAUUUUGUGGCUGCUUAUGUCAUAAAAUCAGCCUGAUUUCAGCCCCAACAUCAUUAUAAUGUUGAAAACGGUUAAGAAAUCUGCUGUGUGGCUUCAGGCAAAAGCACAGGGCUAUUCCGAAGAGAACACCAUGCUCCAGUGGACCUUUCAGCUCUUGGUGCUAUUCAGUAUAAAUGAUGACCUGCCUUUUGCACUAAACACUUUGUACAGUGUACAUAUGUUGUUGUUGUUGUUGUUGUUGUUGUU